GGAAACAUGAUGGGCGAUUUGAGUCUCAUGGAGCCAUCGUCCCGCUUACUGCACAACGACUCCAGACGGCGGCACACCUCGGUCAAACAGAUGUCCAACAAAGGCUGGGGCCCCACGGCCUCCUGAAGCACAUAAACAGUUGUGGUGAAACUCAUGUGACAUCAGAGCAGGAGAAGGACGUCCCUCUGCUCAAACUACAGAGAAAAUUGCACCAUCAGCCUCCCUCUUUCCGUGCAUGGACCACCCUCUACUGUUCUGUGUUAGUGGAUUUAAAAAAAAAAAAAAAAAGAAAAUCUCUUUUUUUUUUUUUUUUUGCCGCUGCUGCAUGCAGACAUUCAUUCUGAAUGAAGGCAGAGACAGAGUGGAUACCGGGAGCGUGAGGAGGAGAGCAGGACUUCAUCACAACUGAGACGCCAAGUUAGGACCACUGAGACAGAUCAGUCCCUUUGUUUGGUGCGAGACAAAGCUAUAAUCAUGGGACCUGGGGCUUGGAAAUUGUCUCUUCUGCUUUUUCUCACCUUCUGGACCUGCAGCCAAGCUCUCGCCAAGAACCCCAUUCUUUCAAGAAUACGCAGAGCUACGGAGAACGACGGCGACAACAAACGAUGUUCCUACACCUUUUUGGUCCCCGAGCAAAAAAUCACAGGCCCCAUCUGCGCCGCUCGCGGUUACACCACCGACAAGGACCGGGUGACGCGGCUGGACGUGGCGGCGGUGCGCGACCUUCUGUCGAAGCAGAGGAGGGAGACGGAGACUUUGAAGCUGGUGGUGGACGUGGACGGCAACUUGGUGAAUGAGAUGAAGCUGUUGAGGAAGGAGAGCCGCAAUAUGAACUCCAGGGUGACCCAGCUUUACAUGCAGCUGCUGCAUGAGAUCAUCCGAAAGAGGGACAACUCGCUGGAGCUGGCGCAAUUGGAAACCCGGAUUCUGAACGCCACCACUGAGUCACUCCGUCUGGCCUCCAGGUACAGGGAUCUGGAGGCCAAGUAUGCGGCUUUGUCGGCGGUGGUGAAUAACCAGUCAGCGCUGAUUGGAGAGCUGGAGGAGCGCUGCGCGCAGGUGUACAGCCGCAGGCACGACCACCCACCGCUCGGUCCCCCACUGGUGCAGGUGGUGCCUGAGAACAUUCCUGUCAACGUACCACGAUUCACCAAUGAAAUCCAGAGAGACAACGCCAGGUUUUCCAGGGAGAGGGGCUCCCGCUCUGGGCCGGCACCCACUAGUGGUUCCAUAGAGAAACCUAUACAAAGAAACUUCAGUACUGAAGGUCCAUUCAGAGACUGCCUCGAUGCCCAGGAGGCCGGCCACAGCACCAGCGGCAUGUACCUUAUCAAACCGGAUGAGGCCGACAGGCCAGUGCAGGUCUGGUGUGAACAGGAUAUAGACAACGGUGGCUGGACUGUUCUCCAGACCAGGAAAGACGGAUCUGUCAACUUUUUCAGGAACUGGGAAAACUACAAGAGCGGCUUUGGCAACAUCGACGGGGAAUACUGGCUGGGACUGGAGAGCAUCUACAGCCUAGGGAGGCAGAGCGACUACAAGCUGCUGAUCGAACUAGAAGACUGGAUGGGGAAAAAGGUCUACGCUCAGUACGGCAGCUUCCACUUGGAGCCGGCUAGCCAGGACUACCGCCUGAGACUGGGCACCUACCAGGGAAACGCCGGCGACUCCCUGAGCAGCCACAACGGCAAGCAGUUCACGACUUUGGAUCGAGACAAAGACGCCUUCUCAGGAAACUGUGCUCAUUUCCACAAAGGAGGAUGGUGGUACAAUGCUUGUGGCCAAACCAAUCUUAACGGUGUUUGGUACAAUGGGGGGGUCUACCGCAGCAAGUUCCAAGACGGGAUCUUCUGGGCUGACUACGGCGGGGGCUUCUACUCUAUGAAAUCUGUCCGUAUGAUGAUCCGACCCAUAGACUGAGCAGACAGGCCCGGUCCAUUGGUAGCCGGAGAGACUUAAAGGUUUUUCAAACUCGGUCUGAACUGUGUUUUGUCAGCAGCAGAUUGAUCUGCGAAAAAAACCAGCACCAAAAAAGCCUCGAAAAACAGGAACUUUUUUAAAUUUUAUAUAUCGUUAAAAAACAUAGAACCCUAUUAACUUGCAACUGCCCGCUGUACAAUAGUGCAGGGUUUUAAAACCAGCACUGCAGGCAGUACUGACCGGACGCACGCACUUCCUCACACAUGUUACGGCUUUCAACAGCCCUAGCCUAAGCCUUAAAUGUGUGCUAUGAAUUUUAAUACGAUUUAAGUGAGCUUAAAUGAUGACACUUCCGCUAACAGGAAGCUGCAAUGAUAGCAGGGAUACAGUGUAAAAGUCAUGCAUAAAGGCUAAAAUGCUAAUGUGCUUAUAUCAUUUUCUACGCCAUCUAUUGGGGAAACGUGGGUAUUGCAGGGGAAAAGUCCGAAGUAUAAUGAUAAUAUAAAUUAAUUAUGUAAUUUGGAAAAGUUAGCGGGCCGGAUUAAAAAGAUGAACGCGCCACAUCCGACCCUCGGGCCUUAGUUUUGCCCUUGUUUGUCUAGCUACGACAUGCUACGUAGCAUCGGCAUUUUAUGGUAACGGUAAAUCCGCUCAAUCCCAAUGUAAGUCCGAAUGGUUCUGGAUAAAAAAGGGCUAAAAACAGUUGCGAAAAUGGUGUCGCUAAUGGCUAAAAACCUGUUCAUUGUUACUGUUUAUUUAUUGAUUCUGUUCAUGUGUGAUUAGCUCAUAGAAUCGUUUCUAGAUUUAGGAAGUGUUGUCCUCACCAUCCUCACCCCAGUAUUGGAGCUCCCAGUUUCCAGUUCCGGGAUGUAAACUGCACCUCCUACCUCGCCACGAUUGAACUUGAGCUCUACUGGCCGGGAGCUGGAAAAUACAUUUCAUUAAUACUCACAUACAUUUUUUUUUUUUUUUUGAAGACGCAGAGUUAUAGUCCAAAAAUAUGUGGUUUUUUGGGAAAGACACAGCAGUUAAGGGGUUAUUUACAUCUGCGUGUGUAUUCUUUAUAAUGUAUGUAAAUAUAUUCUGAGCAGGUAACCAGAAAUCCACGUGUGCAAAGAACUUAUCAUAUAAAAAGGGACAGGUUUCCCGAGGAACAGUUAGAGAAUGGUCCUGCAUAAAUCCCUUCACUGUAUAUAUAAAUAUACAUACAUACAUACAUACAUAGAUAUAUAA